AUGUCUAGUAGAAAGAGACCAUAUUCUAGUGAUAAAUCAAGUAAUUGGACCCCACAUCCUGUGAAAAGAUUUAAAAGAUUUUAUAGCCCUGUGCUUAAUAUUAACAGCAAUACUUUAUUUGAUAAAUUUGAGUCACAAGAUAUAUGGAGGAAUUUAGAUAGAAUCAAAAAAAAUAGAUCAAAUUCGAAUAAAAUCAUUAAAAAUAGUGUGUUAUUCAUUGAUCCACCUCAAACAAAGUUUACUCAGGAUUCAAUCAAUUUUUUACUCCAAUACAUUCCUCCUUCAAAGUUACAUUACUCAAAGAUCAAAGAGCGGUACUAUAUUACCCUUGAAAAGUUUUCUUUACUGGACUGCUGUCUUGUUAUACCUAUACUGUCAUCCAACAAGGAUAAAACAUGGAUACAACCAUAUAAUAAAGAUUUUACACAAAUAUCAAAGGAUCUUCAUUUAAGUGGGUCAAUAUUUGUCCCACAAAAUUGUUAUUGGAUGAAGGAUCAUAUGGUCAAAGAAUCUCUUCUAACUCCAACAAAUUUCACUGUACAGGAAUCCAAAAUUGCUCAAUUGGCAAGUUUUAGAAAAUUUCACUUAAGGUUACAUAAUGGUGCUAGUUUAACAUAUUUUAUAAAUGGUAUUAUAGACUUUAUUUCUUCUUUAAAGUUUGGUAAAAACCCUUCCAACGGUAUCAGGAAACAAUUUGGAAUGGUUUUAAACAGUUAUUAUAAUAAUUUAAAUCAUCAUAUUAUGGAAACAUCACUAAUUGGGAAUGCACUUGUUGAUGUUGUUAGAGUGAAAAAUCAAAAUAUGCCUUUAAUAAAAAGUACGAAAGAAUCUAUUAAUGACUAUAUUAAUCAACUUAUUACUUUCAAUAAGAUAAAUGUAGCUGAUGAUGAUAUAAAUAGUCAAACUGUUAUAAAAAAUACCAUAAAUCAUGCUAAGAACGUAAAAUAUGACAAUCAAGAACAAACCAACUUGAAAAGAACCAAUUCAAAAAUAAUUAAUGGAGACAUCAAUAAAAACUAUUCUAUGCAGAACAAAGAUAUCUUUAAGCCAUCGAGUCAAAAGGAUAUAUCUCAAAUGAAACCGAAAUAUAUAAGUCAAGAUGAUAUUAAACAAUAUUGUAUUUGUACUAUAAAGGCAUCAUUAGAUGCAGUCAAGAAAAUGGCCUCUGAUAUGAUCUUUAAAGUGUAUAUUAAAUGUCCAAAACAGAAUUAUGCGGAAAAAAUAAAUCAAAAUCUUGAUAAUAUUAGGUCAAAGACUAAUUGUAAUGUAGUGAUACUGCAUAUCAAUAAUAUUCCUGAAUCAAGAGAAUGGUUUAAUGCUUUGGACAUGAGCAAGUACACUUCUAUUAACGAUCCACCCCUAACGACAAUCAAAGUAGUCAGUAUUGGGGGCAUUGGAGAAUACGUAGAUCAAGCUUUGGAAAUGGUUAUGAAAAUAUUACAAGCAUAA